CGCCAAAAACAUAAGCGUAACCGGUAAUUUGUUAUGCUACUUGAGUACUAACCAGCACCGGUUUAUAGGAACGGUUCAGAGCCUUUCCAUACGUAAUGUUUUUGUUUUCGUUUUCACAGUGCGAUACGAUACAAUCGUGAUAGCAUGUAAUUUUUUAUUCAACCAUUUGACAAAUAUUCUUGAGCUAAGAGUUUGUUCUUAAAUCUAAUUGUACUUAUAUGACAUUCGUUACAAUGAAGCUUUCAAAAAAAUGACAAUGGCCUAAAAUAUACUAUAAUUUUACAAGAAAAAAAAUCAAAAUAUUAUUAGUAUUUAGUAUUAGUGACAUGUUAAAUUUGGAAAACUAUACAUCAAAUUAAUAGUAUGUAACACGUGUACACAUGCAAGCACGCAGAAACACCCCAGAGGCUAUAUAUAGAGGCUCUAUUCCCACAACCUUAUACUCAGUCUUCUUCUUCAUCUUGAACUGUAACACAAUACAGAGAGUGAGAGAGACAAAUAGCAAACCAAAGUUUCAAACCCAUUUCUGAAUCGCAGUUCUAGUAAUAAUUUCUCCAAAAGGUUUCAUUUUUGUUUUUUUGGGUCUCAGUUUUCUCAACCAUGAAGAGACUCCAAGGUUUCAAGAUCUUUAAAUGGAUCCUCCGAAGUAGAAGAAUCCAAACCGGGAAACGCCAAUGCCUAACCGGAAUUCUCAACCCGGUUUCAAGAAUCUGCUGUUUAGCACGGUGUCUACGUCGUGGAGCCAGUAGACUGUGCGGAGGAAAGAAAACGGUUCAGACACGGUUGGGUAACGACCCGGAGUCGCUGGGUGUUCCCAAAGGUCAUUUAGUGGUACACGUAGGAGAAUCAGGCGAUGAUACACGGCGCGUGGUGGUUCCGGUGUUUUACUUUAACCAUCCUCUAUUCGGGGAGUUGCUGGAACAGGCGGAGCGGGUUUACGGGUUUGACCAACCGGGUCAGAUUACGAUACCAUGUAGGGUAUCGGAUUUUGAGCAGGUUCAGAUGAAGAUCGCUGCAUGGGAUCAUUGCCGACGUAAGUGGAGUUUCAAGAUUCUAUAGGGUUGACUUACUAAAACUUAAAUUAGCUUUUUUAUAUUUCCUGAGAAUAAAGUCAAAUGUCAAACAGAGAGAUGGGGAACUUUUCCUUACAAGGGAGUUCGUAUGAUUAGUCCAGUGUCCAAUAGAUGUACAAAUAUUAAGAAAAGUGUCGUUCGGAUCUGGAUUAUGUACCAUAUUUAGUAGAAUGAACAAAGAAUAAAAUUUCUAAAGUUAUUUUAUUCAAAAAUGGAGAAAA